AUGUUGAACGGCGAGCCUUUCUUGCAACACGACGAGCAACUGACAAAAGAGCGCGCACAUUGCACAGCAGCUGUCUACACUUUCAACAACACGGCGAGUGCGUCCGGUGACCUUGCGCGAGGCUAUCUAGAGCGGAACUUCUGGCGCAUUGUAUCGGCAACAUGGAUGCGUCCACAUUAUACAUACCGUCGUCCAGAUGUCCAUGGUGAUGAUCAUUUCGGUAGCAGUGUGAAUGUUGCAACACCCUUCUAUUGUGAUUAUGGCUACAACAUCUCCGUUGGCGACAACGUCACGAUUGGAUCUAGCUGCAAGCUGCUUGACUCCGCCAAGAUCAUUAUCGGCAGGAACACCAGAAUUGGUGCUAGUGUCAUCAUCUCAACGCUGAAAACCCCGACGGACACGAAAAGUUUGAAAGGCAGCUGCGGCACUGAGAUCGCUCAAAGAGUCUCCGUUGGCGAGAAUGUUUGUAUUGGCGAUGGUGUCACUAUUGAAGCUGGGACUGACCGCGUUCAGGAUAUUAAAGACGGUGUCACCGCGCGCGGUAAUCCGGCAUUUGGCUGA